UAUUCAAAAAAAAUAAAAUAAAAAAUUCACUAGUCCUUUUGUAAAUUUUCAAUAAACAAGACAAAUUGCAACUAAUUUCAAACAUCCAUCUUUAGCACCCCUCUCUUCUAAACAUACCCUCCUGUUUCCCUCCCAAGUCCCACCCUUCUCUCAAGUGUUGAGAAGUAAAGAAGAAAAGAUGUCGGCGACAGAAGAAGAGAGUGCAGUGAAGGAGCCCCUCGAUCUUAUACGUCUCAGUCUCGAUGAGCGCAUCUACGUCAAGCUUCGUUCUGACCGCGAACUCCGUGGCAAACUUCAUGCUUAUGAUCAGCAUUUGAAUAUGAUUCUUGGAGAUGUUGAGGAGAUUGUGACAACUGUGGAAAUCGACGAUGAGACUUAUGAAGAGAUUGUUCGGACCACAAGGCGUACUGUCCCCUUUCUUUUUGUUAGAGGAGAUGGUGUCAUACUGGUGUCGCCGCCUUUGAGGACAGCUUGAAGUAGGAUAUCACAAUCUUGGUCUUGACUAAGGGGAUCCAGCAUUCAUUGUUGUAUCUGUUAAUGUAGCUUAGUUUGGACAGAAAACAGAAUCUCAUAACUUUCUCGAUGAAUGUAAGCCUUUUUGCGUGCUUCCAUUUUUCUUUGUGUCUUGACAUUUUGAUGAUCAGGUUUCUAGUUUCUGGAUAAAAUCUGCUGGAAAGUUGACUGGCACCGACGUUUUGUCUUUGCAACGAAAUAUUGAAUAGAUCCUGCUUGAUUUA